AUCGAUUAUAUCAUCAAACGAUGUAAUUCCAUCGUCAGAUUUGACAUUUUGUUUCGAUUUGUACGCGUGUGAAAAGUCAAAUUUGAGAAUAUGCGAUGAAAAUAGAAGAAAAACUAAUGAUGCUGACCAAAGGAAAUACCGCUCCAAUGUUUUAUCGGAUUCUGUCUCGGUUUCCACAAAAUUUUUCUUUCUGUUUUGCUUACGGUUCCGGAGUUAAGCAGCAGCUCGGAUAUAAUUCUGUUAAUAAGAAGAAAAACAUGAUUGAUUUGAUCUACGCUGUAGAUAACGCUCAUCGUUGGCACGCAAGUAAUCUGGAAAGAAAUCCGGAACAUUAUUCGGCCAUUCAACUUCUAGGAAGUGGAUUCAUCACGAAAUAUCAGGAGACAAUGGGAGCAAAAGUUUUUUUCAAUACUUUAAUUCCAAUACCAGAAGAAGAUGUUGUCAUCAAGUACGGUGUUGUUACAACUAAAGAUCUGCUAGAGGACUUAAAUGGUUGGAUUAAUUUGUAUCUUGCUGGGAGACUUCAUAAACCUGUUGAAAUAAUACGGACGGCGGCCGGCUCAAAAGUUCAAAAUGCGAUAGACAACAAUCUUAAGGCAGCUGUGCAUGCUGCACUACUCUUAUUACCAGAAAAGUUUACUGAAUUUGAAUUGUAUCGGGAAAUUUCAAGUUUGAGUUACGCGGGAGAUUUUCGCAUGAUUUUCGGCGAGAACAAAGAUAAAGUGAACAACAUCGUUCGACCGCAGCUGGAAAAUUUUCGCAACUUAUACGCACCUACGAUAGCUCAAUUGCAGCAUGUGCUGAACCUUCCACUGGAAAGUAGUGACAAUUCGAUAUGCAGCCAAGAUCGGUCCGAGAAAACUGUUCUGUAUCACCUAAAUAACCUACCAAAGUGGCCAGUGAGAGAGAUCGUGUGUACACAAACAAGCGGGCGCUACAGAGAAGACACAGAAGAUAUUUUGUCGGCCGUUUCUAAGUCAUCGAACUAUAAAGAAAUUGUCUCCCGAUGUCUCCGCUCGAUCGUAUGGAAGAGUAGCGUGACGCAAUCGCUGAAAAAUAUUCCUACUGCCGGCAUUGGCAAGUCACUUAAAUACAGCUGGUCGAAAGCACUUAAGACGUUCAAUUUAUAACUUCGAUGCAUUUAUUAUAUCAAGAAAUUGAAAACUAGUCUCAUAUGUUGUUUAAGUCUUUAGUCUAUAAUAAAUAUUGAUUAAACAUU